AUGGCCAAGGGAGGCAAGCCAGCUCCCAAGCCAGUGCCCAAGCCGGCGCCCAAGCCGGCGCCCAAGCCAGCUCCUGCUCCAGCACCAGCCCCGAAGCCAGCUCCAGCACCCAAACCAGCGCCAGCUCCAGCACCCAAGCCAGCACCCAAGCCAGCACCCAAGCCAGCACCCGCGCAAGGAACGAGGCCGCUCGUUCGCCCCAAUAUGCCUCCUGCAACACCCAGUCCGCAUUAUGUGUUCGUGGCGCCAACGCCGCUUUGGGUCGUGCGACCCGUGCCCAUUGUAGUCGUCUUUACUGCGACAACGUACUGGUCGCGGCCGUCGUGCAGCAGUCGGUACUGUCAGAGUGACUUUGCGGCGUGCCGUCGGCUGUACAGCUACGACGACUGCGUCUGCGUACCCGGUCUUCUCCACUGCAUGGAGCGGCAAUGCUAUACCGACUACCCGUGGGCGGUCUCCGAGUGCCUGCGCGGUGUGAACCCGCGGGCGCUCUGCCAUCUCUCGUGCGCACCUAUCGUGCCGGGGGACUUUAGCGCGGCCGUGGUGCCGCCAAGCAACUACAGCGUACUUCUUCGUCUGUCCGUUCAAGGCAUCUCCACCAGCGAUUGGGCAGCGUACGAGGUCAAUGUGCCAGAGCUGCUCCAAGCGGCGCAGGUGCAAGCGACCAACGGCAGUGGGCCGUGGCCCGUCACCCUCUACACUGCGCCGUACGAGGCCGACAAUGACUCGCACACGGAGCUAAUGGCCGAAAUCCAUACGACGAGUCCCUCGAGCAUGCUCAGCGCCCAAGCGUUCUUUCUCAACGCGUCGGCGACCGAGUGGCUUGCGACGACCUUGUGGCACUACGGUGUCCUCUUCAACACGAGCCAGUUGGCCAUCACCAGCGUUCAGACAUUCGUGCGUCCGCUCUCCAACGCUACGGCCCCCACGACAACCAUGGACAAUUUCCCAACGAUAGAGCCACCCACAACGACAGCAGCGCUGGACUCGGGUCUUGGGUUCAUUUUAGGAUCCUUGCUCGGACUGGGAAUGCUUGGGCUCGGGUACCUGUGCCAGCGCCGCCAACGGCGAACAUCGAUGACGUAUACCAACAUUGAAAUGCGUUGA